AUGGCUUCGCUUAGAGUUCUCGCAUUCGACCCGGAGGGCAGACCUGUUGCAUUUGACACGUGGCACGACGAUCUGCAACUGUACCUACUGAGCGAUUUAAAGGACAGUGUCUCACUGUUUGACCACGUGUCCGGUGCCGCUCCAGCCCCUCCCGCCACAGCUGACGGUUCGACUCGUUCCCAGUGGCUGUCUCGUGACGCUACUGCCCGCUUGGCCAUUCGCAACCACCUGCCCGUGACCGAAUGUGCAAACUUUGGAGAGCACAGGACAGCACAGGCCCUGUACGACGCUGUCGUUGCUCGCUACUCCUCCCCUGCCACUGCCGCUCUAGGCAGAUUGCUACUGCCCUACCUGUUCCCUGAGCUGUCGGCUUUUGCCACAGUAGCGGACCUGGUUACCCACCUGCGCACUAGCGACGCUCGCUACUGCGCUACCAUCCCUGCUGAGUUCCUUCCCACGAACCAGCCCCCCAUGUUCAUCACCCUUGACUUCAUAGUCACUCGCCUCCCUGACUCCCUUCGCUCUGUCAGGGACCACUUCCUCACCCUCGACCCCACCUCCCUCACUGUUGACCUCCUCGAGCGGCAUCUACUCGCAGCUGAGACUAGUGCAGUUGCUGUAGGUGCUCCUCGUGGCACUCCGCGCUCGCCCUUCUUUGAGGGGUGCUCCCCCUCCCCCCUUUCCCCCUCCUUCGCCUCUGUUGCUGUUGCAGACGUCUCUGUUCCUGAGGACGUUGGUGCUGCUUCGACUAGUGCAAAGCGCCGCAACAGCAAGGGCAAGGGUGGCCGGGGUAGUGGAGGAGGCAGCGGUGGUGGUGGAGGUGGCAGUGGGAGCGGUAGUGGGGGCAGCGGUAGAGGAGGAGGAGGCAGUGGAGGUGGUGGCGGCGGUGGGACUAGUUGCGGCAGUAGAGGCUCUGGUGGCGGCGGUGGAGGCAGCGGAGGGAGUGGCGGCAGUGGAGGCGGUGGGACCGGUGGUGGUAGGUCUGGACCUCGGCGUGGAGGCCCUGGUGGUGGUCGGGGCCAGCAGCAGCAGCGUCGGUGCGAGACCCAGAUGCCCCAGCAGCUCCGUGAGUGGUUGGUUCAGCGUGGGACGGGUAUAGCGGCUGCUGCUCUAGGUGCUAGUGCGUCUGGUACUCCCCCUGUCUGGCUGACCCCUCUGGGGGCCCGGUCGUUGCCCGUUCCUCCACUGUCCUCCCGUGUCCGGCGGUUCCGUCCGGCUCACUGUCAGGUCUUCACCUCCCCUCGUUCUCUACGAACUUGGUCUCUGCCUCCCUUACCGCCCUUGCCUGCCCCGCCCUGUCUUCCUUGCGUUGAGGGACGACAACGCGCCGCUCCUCACUCCUCCUCGUUUCCCCCGACGACAGCUCCCCUGCAUACCCUCCACAUGGACGUGUGGGGCCCAGCCCGCGUUAGUGGACAGGGCCGCGAGCGCUACUUUCUGCUGGUUGUUGACGACUAUACGCGGUACACCACAGUCUUCCCCUUGCGCAGCAAAGGUGAGGUCUCUGGUGCCUUGAUCCCUUGGAUCCGCACAGUCUGUCUCCAGCUACGCGAGCGGUUCGGUCAGGACCUCCCUGUCCUGCGUCUGCACUCUGACAGAGGUGGUGAGUUCUCCUCCGACCUCUUGCGGGAAUUUUGUCGUGGGGAGGGCAUCACCCAAUCGUUCACGCUUCCGGACUCCCGUCAGCAAAAUGGGAUUGCUGAGCGCCGCAUUGGCUUAGCCAUGGAGGUCGCUCGUACCUCCAUGAUCCAUGCGGCCGCUCCCCAUUUUCUGUGGCCGUUUGUGGUCCGGUACGCUGCGCAUCAGCUCAACCUUUGGCCCCGUGUCUCCUUGCCGGAGACCUCGCCCACACUGCGUUGGACAGGGAAGGUUGGCGAUGCGUCGGUGUUCCGGGUCUGGGGUUCUUGUGCCUUUGUUCGCGAUACGUCCGCGGACAAGCUCUCCGCCCGCGCCAUUCCCUGCGUCUUCCUUGGCUCUGUCCCUGACGCGCCUGGCUUGCAUUUUUACCACCCCACCUCGUGCCGUGUCCUCCCGUCUCAGGACGUCACAUUCGACGAGUCGGUUCCCUUCUACAGUCUCUUCCCCUACCACUCUGCCCCUCCCCCGCCCCCGCCGCUCUUCCUUGCUCCCGGUCCACCUCAGGUAGACCCCCUCCCGCCCCAGGGUCCUGCUCCCUCGGGUGUGUCUCAGGUAGACCCUCUCCCUGGUACUGCGCCUGUUCCGGUAGCUGUCGUCUCAGGUGCUGCUCCAGCCUGA